AUGCAAGCGCCACUGGUCGAUCCUCCUGCUGAUAUGAUGAAUCCAAAUCAGCAUAAAGAACCUCCUCCGAUUGUUCCUGCUGGAUUUCUUCUCUUUGUAGUUGUAUUAAUUAUUGUUCUUCAAUUUCUUGUUCAAUUAUGGAAGAAAUAUCAUCGAUAUUCAUUUGUAAUGACCAGCUUCUUUUUAAUGUGGCUUUUCCCAGGAAUAUUUUUGAAAUAUAUUUUGAUGGACUCAAGUUUUGGAAAGUAUUUAUUCCCAAGUCCUGAAGUUUUAAUUUUCUAUGGACUCUAUUUUGGAGUGUUAGUGAGAGAUUGUGGUGAAUUGUGUUCGAGUGCCAUUAAUGCAUCACUGGAAGCUGAUAGAAAUAAGUUUUACAUGUCUCAUUCUCAACUAGAGCAUGUGUGUGGAAUUUGUAAUCAAGAGUUGAGGGUUGAUACUAGUUUAGAUUUUGAAAGUGCACAUUCUGGUGAUUUGGACGCUCCUUUCACAAGAAGAAUUACUGAUGAUGUAACCAUACCUUCAGAAAACAAACGAAAAACAACACAAGAGACCAAGGUUCUAUCAUGCGGUCAUAAAUUCCAUGAAUUUUGUGUUUAUGGAUGGCUGAUUAUUGGUAAAAAGAGUACAUGCCCAAUAUGUAAGGAAAAUGUAGAUCCAAAACAACACGAUUUGCUCCAAACUCAUCCUUGGAAAUCAGACUCAGAGUUCUAUAUCGGAGUGUUAGAUCUUACGAGGUAUUUUGUCGUGUUCAAUCCAAUCAUUCUUAUUGUGAUUCAACUCGUCGUGAUGAUAUUCUUCAAGUUUUAUCAGUAA